AUGACUAAUGAAGACAACGCUCCACAAGUUUAUUUGCUGGGGAAAACAUUUUUACCAGAAAAUAGUCGAAAUCAGUUUUAUAUACGAAAUGAUCCGAUAGUACAAAUUGCUUGCGGUGAUCAACAUACAAUCAUUGUGACAGAAAGUGGACGUGCAUUUGCAUUUGGCGAUAAUAACUUCGGUCAACUUGGUUUGGGUCACAAUGAUAGAGUUGACAAAGUAUCAUGUAUUAAAAGUUUAAAAUUUAGUGAAGAUGGUGAUAAAGUAUCUUUAGUAGCAUGUGGUCGUGAUCAUUCGGUUGUUGCAACAACAAAAGGUUCAAUAUAUGGUUUUGGCUCAAACAAUGUUCAUCAACUUGGAAUUGAUAAUGAUAAACAUACAGGACAAUCCACUGAAUCUAGUUCAUCGAUGUAUUCCAAACCGAUUAAACUGGAUCAUUUGCUACCACAUCUCGCGUGGAAACAGUUAGCAGCAGGAUCAGAACAUACUUGUGCAUUAACGCAACAGGGCACAAUUUAUGUAUGGGGUUCGAAUUCAGAGGGACAAUGUGGUUUAGCUAGACAACAAGAAACAAUUGAAUUUCCACAAGAAUUAAAAUUACCAUAUCGUGUAAAAGCAAUUGCAUGCGGUUAUUAUCAUACAGCUCUGGUUAGUGAUGACGGUAAAUUGUAUACAUUUGGAAGUAACGGUGAUCAACAACUAGGACGUUUUUCAUCUGAAAAACAAGUUGGACCUAUUCAUGUUUCGUUAACGUAUCCUGUCAAAUCUGUUGCAUGUGGACAUCAGCAUACAGCCGUUCUAACAGAUAAUGGUCGUAUGUUAGUGGUUGGAAAUGGUGACCGAGGUCAACUUGGAUUAGGACCAUCUCUGUUAUUAACCGAACAUUUUGAACCAGUUGAUGCAUUUGAAGGAAAAAAAGUAACCGCUAUCGCUUGCGGUGAAGGUCAUACAGUAGCCAUUGUGGGAAAAGGAGAUCUGUACGUGUUUGGCGAUGGGCGUCAUGGAAAAUUAGGUGUUAACGAUGGAAAACUAACAAAUGAAUUUCAACCACGUUUUGUUGAAAAGUUUCAUCAUUUUACGGUUUUAAAAGUAUCGUGUGGGGGCUGGAAGACAUUGAGCGGAACUCAAAUGGAGAAAAGUCUCGCUCGAGUUAAUCGUUUAAAAUCUAAUCAAAAGAAAACAGACGUUGGUAAUGAUACUCUCACCGAUUCAACAAGAACUCAUGUGAAACCGCUUGCAAGUACGCUGAAACCAACGACCUCUUCUCAAUCAAAUCGUGCAGUAUCGCCCGACUUUCCACGUCAUAAUUCAGCAUUGCGUACCGAGCCCACUUCAGAUGAUGGUAACGAAACGAAUGAAGAGCUUUCAGCAUCUAUACAAAGUGCUACGUUCAAUCAGACGCAUACGUUUGUAAAAGGCAAAUUUAAGCCAAAAGAAAGUUUAACACAUGAUCGAACAUUAGGCGCCAGUGAAGAUCUUAUCAGAACUGGCGCAUUAGAUCGUACAGUAAAAAUACAAAAAGUCCCAUCGGAUAAUGAUUCAGCAUCGGAUUCAGAUUUAAGAAAACCAACGUUACCAGCUAUUAAUACGCAAUCAUGGAAUAAUAAAACGAAUAGUAACAACAAUAACAGUCGAUUGAUGCCAAUAAACCAAAAUAGUAACAAACCAUUGUCUGAUCGUGACCAACGCGAUUUAAAAUCAAAUGCUAAGAGUUACGAUAAUGAUGAUGAAAAUAAAUCAAGAGAACAUUCACCUACAAAAUUAAAUCGAUUUGAUGAACCGCUAAUCAAAAACUCUCGUUCGACUCCUAGUACAUUUAGUAAUGAACGAAAAUCUCUAUUGGAUAAUUCAAAACAUAUGACCCCGUAUCGAGAUAUAAAUAAUGAUCGUGAUUCAUCACCGAAAGGUACUUAUAGUCCGGAUACAUUGAAACGAACGACUACAAGAAAAUCACCAAUAAAAGAUGAAGAAGAAGAUGACGACAGUUCAGACACUGAAAAGUUCCCGCAGAAGACUAAUAAUGCAUCCUUGAGAAAAAAUGAAACAACAAAAACCCCAGCACGUAUUCCCUCAAACAUACAAGCUCAUAAACGUUCACCUGAUAUGCGUAAUAGUCGAAAAUUCGAUACUAAGAGAAGUGACGAUAGCGAGGAUGAAUUCUCAUCAUCUAAUACAAAACCGCUUACUUCAACAAUCAAUCAACGUCCAUUGAAACCAACUACUACUACAAAACUUGCUCCUCAGAGCACUCCUUUAGCACGAAAAGCAAAUAUGAUGCGUGAACCUCAACGACGUCUCUCAAACAAUGAUGAUGAUGAUAGCGAUGGAGAUAACAGUAACAGAGAAGAUCGAAAAGAAAUUAAUAAUCGUCUACCGGAGCGUCGAGGAUCAUUGCCAACUGCUUCACGCAAUGCACCAACCACAAGUUCAUUUCAUCGAGAUGGAAGUCAAACAAUUAGUGGCAGACCAUUACCCACUGAUCUGUCAAGAAGUGGUUCUAAACGUAUUCCACAAACACCAGCAACUGGAACACUUGCUACACGACCAACGAAAGCGAAUCAGCCAACAAGUGAAACACCAACAGAACAGCCAGGAUUUUUUUCACGUUUAUUUCGUCGUUCAGGAUCGGCAACAAUUACAAAAACACCACCCGAAAGCUCGGCAAAACCAAAUGCAACAACGACACCAGUAAAAUCAAAUACAACAACCACACCAGCAAAUUCAAAUACUUCAUCUAAAACAUGCGUUAUUAUGUAG